AUGUCACAAUUCUUAUUAAGAGAAACAUUGAAACGUAAGCAACAUACAAAUGUACGUUUCAUAAACAAACGUACCGAUGAUGCAAAAUCUGUUGGUAAUAUAUCAUCAUCAUCCAAUACCACAUUAUCAUCUGUUGGUACUGUAUCUGCCCCAACAUUUGUUUCACAUGUUGGUACUAUGGGUGCCACAUCAUCAACACAUGAAUCAUCCUUGCCUACAUCAUCUAACCAAUCAUCUGUAUCUACAUCUGUCCAAUCAUCUACACCUGCAUCUACUACAUCAUCUAUACCUAGAUCCACAACAAAUGGUAGUGAAUCGGUUGAGGAAAAUAUUGGGAUUCAACAUCAAGGGUAUUUACUUGGAUCUAUUGGACUGGAUGGGUGUCUAUAUAUUGGAGUGCGAGAUAAGGAUAAAGGAUAUUCUGAAAUGCAUCGCGAACAAUACGAGGAUAAUAAUGCUGAGACAAAAGUCGAGAUUGAGAAUUUGAAGAAGUUGGUUGAGACGCAACGCGAACAAUAUGAGGAUAUUCAACAAAAAUAUGAGGAUGUUUAG